UCCUGACCUCCUCAACCUCACAUCCUGUGUGUUGGUUGUUUUGUGAGCGAAGCAGCUUCAAACCGGAUUCAAGUCGUUUUACUGUUUAGCUUUUUAGUAAAAAAAAAAAAAGCAGAAAUCGUGUCGUUAAAGCCGAACAAGAGGAUGAAGAAAUUAAAAUAAAACUAAAUAAAAACACAAACAAACUGUAGAGAGGUCAAGGCUCCAGCAGCAAAUGUAAAACAUGACAAAAAGACAAAAACACACUGAACCGAAGUGUUUUAUAAAACCAGCCACGAGUUUAUCAGAGACAUUAAAGAACAAACUUCAUCCUUUAAAUAUUUCUGAUAUUCUGGUCACAGUAAUCGCUCACUAGAUACUUCAGGAUGUUGUUGGAACAAUACAAAUCACAGCACAAAUACACUAUGAGCCGAUCUGCCAUAUCAUUAUGACCUGAAUAACAUCUCGAUGUUCUGCUGGGAAACUUUUGGAGCUGAUAUUCAUUCAUCGUGCGUUUAGUUCAGUGACAGGACACAGGUCAUAAUGUUAUGCCUGAUCGGCGCAUAAACACACUCAAGGUGUUAUAUGUGAGUGGGCGGGAUGGAUCCAGUAGGUGUUGGGUUCGAGUCUCUUCAAUUAUCCAGCACAUGAACGCGAAGCGGAGGAAAGUCAGAGGCUGAGCUUUGAUUUAACAGAUGACCAGUGUUGUAGAAAUGACUGAGUUAAGCUCCAAAGAGCCUUAGAAAAUAAAGGGGGGGGGGCUUAACAGUGUAGUCUGUUAAUACCACGGCGCCAUAUCUGCACCUCCACCCGCGUCUCAAGUCUCCGCCGCCGCGAUAGAAUUAUUAUUAUCCACAGUCUGGGGAGUAAAUCCGCCAGAUUAUCACAAAUCCGAGAUCCCGCAUCUCAAGAUUCAUUAGGAUAAAUUUUGCUGCUGUUGUGCGUGUUUCGGAGAAAGAAAGAAAGAGAGACGGAGGAGGAGGAGGAGGAGGAAAAAGGGAUAAAUGCGUGAGAGAGGGACCGUUACGCACGGCGCGUCUCCAUCAUGACGUCGCGAAUUAGCCGAAGAUUGUAGAGGAGCAGGGAGGGGGGAGAGAGGGAGAGAGGGAGGGAGAGGGAGGAGAAUCUGUGUGUCGUCGUGUAUGUGGACGCGUUUGUAUAUAGUACAUGUAGAUUUUCUUUUUUUUGUGUGUGUGUAUGUGUGGAUUUUUGUUUUAGUCAUCUCGCAUCUUUGCCUGUGCGCACCAGCAAUACCCGGAGGAAAUAAGAGAAGAAGAGCAGGAAGGAGAGGAGGAAGAAGAAGAAGAAGAAGAGGAGGAAGCUCGGGCUUUGGAGCAGCUUGCACAUUUCCUCUCUAGCCAUAUUCAAAGAGCCAUACGAGCCGCUGCAAAGAUGCACACCUUGACCAAAUAAUCACGACACCACGGGCUUCUAUCUUCCCUUCCUUCCUUCCUCCCAUCCUUCCUUCCUCCCCUCUUCCUCCCUCCCUCUCUGGCCGGCUGGUCCCACCCGGAGGACGCGCUGUUAUCUUUGGCCGAGCGCGUCGAAACUAAUAAUCCAGAAAUGGCACGGCUGUUGUUCCCGAUGAUUCUCUGUGCUCUUCCAUCUCUCGUCGCGCCCAUACAUAAUUCAUCAGCUGGAGGCUGUGCCAUCAUCCGUCCUCCACGGGACGGGGGGAUCCGCUACAGAGGCCUCACACAAGAACAGAUCCGCAGUGUGCAGAUUCUGCCCGUGGACUAUGAGAUCGAGUACAUCUGCCGAGGGAACCGGGUCAUCGUGGGGCCCAAGGUCAGGAAGUGUUUACCCAACGGGACGUGGACGGACAUGACGCAGCACAGCAGUUGUUUGCUGCUGUGCCCCCGGGUCUGGACGUCCCUGGAGAACGGCCGGGUGGCGGCGAAGCCUCCGGGGCCGCCGGUGGAGGGGACGGUGCUUCACUACAGCUGCCACGCCGGCUUCAUCCUGGAGGGGAGAAACAUCAGCCAUUGCACCAAACUGGGGAAGUGGGACGCACCGAAACCCACCUGCCUGUACGACAGAAACUACACAGGGAAGAAGAAGCUGUACAUCGGGGCGCUGUUCCCCAUGAGCGGGGGGUGGCCCGGCGGCCAGGCGUGCAUGCCCUCCGCCCAGAUGGCCCUGGACCUGGUCAACAACCGGAGCGACAUCCUGCCCGACUACGAGCUGGAGCUGAUCCACUACGACAGCAUGUGUGACCCGGGAGAAGCCACCAAGCUGCUGUAUGACCUCCUGUACACGGAGCCCAUCAAGAUCGUCCUGAUGCCCGGCUGCAGCGGCGUCUCCACCCUGGUGGCCGAAGCUGCUCGCAUGUGGAACCUCAUAGUGCUGUCCUACGGCUCCAGCUCCCCGGCCCUCUCCAACCGCCAGCGCUUCCCCACCUUCUUCCGAACUCACCCGUCGGCCACGCUCCACAACCCCACCAGGGUGCAGCUCUUCCAGAAGUGGAAGUGGACGCGCAUCGCCACCAUCCAGCAGACCACGGAAGUCUUCACCUCGACUCUGGACGAUCUGGAGCAGAGGGUGAAGGAGGCAGGCAUCGAGAUCAGCGUUCGCCAGAGUUUCCUCACCGACCCGGCUGUUGCUGUCAAGAACCUCAAGCGCCAGGAUGCCAGGAUCAUCGUGGGGCUCUUUUAUGAGACCGAAGCCAGGAAGGUGUUUUGUGAGGUGUUCAAGGAGAAACUGUUUGGGAAGAAGUACGUCUGGUUCCUGAUCGGCUGGUACGCCGACAACUGGUUCAAGAUCAAGGACCCGGCGAUCAACUGCACCGUGGAGAACAUGACGGAGGCCGUGGAGGGACACGUGACCACCGAGAUCGUCAUGCUGAACCCUGAGACCGUCCGAGGCGUCUCCAACAUGACUUCCCAGGAGUUCCUCGCCGCCCUGAUGUCUCGUCUGGGAGGGAAGAACCCGGAGGAGACCGGGGGCUUCCAGGAGGCCCCCCUGGCCUACGAUGCGGUCUGGGCUCUGGCCCUCGCCCUCAACAAGACCGUGGCCCCGCUGAAGGCAAAGGGCCGACGUCUGGAGGACUUCAACUACAACAACCACGACAUCACGGCUGAGAUCUACAGAGCGCUCAACACCAGCUCCUUCGAGGGCGUCUCGGGCCAGGUGGUGUUCGACGCCCAGGGUUCCAGGAUGGCCAUGACUCUCAUCGAGCAGCUGCAAGGAGGCAGCUAUAAGAAGAUCGGUUACUAUGACAGCUCUCAGAAGAACCUCUCCUGGUUCGGGAACGACGUCUGGAUAGGUGCGGGUCCUCCGGCCGAUCGGACCGUGGUGAUCGAGGAGUACCGCUUCCUGUCUCAGAAGCUGUUUGCCGCCGUGUCCGUGUUCGCCGGCCUCGGCAUCCUCCUCGGCAUCGUCUGUCUGACCUUCAACAUCUACAACGGCAACGUCCGCUACAUCCAGAACUCUCAGCCGUACCUGAACAACAUGACGGCCGUCGGCUGCAUGAUGGCGCUGGCCGCCGUCUUCCCUCUGGGCAUCGACGGACACCACGUCCACCGCUCACAGUUCCCUGUCGUCUGCCAGUUCCGUCUGUGGCUCCUGGGCCUCGGCUUCAGUCUGGCCUACGGCAGCAUGUUCACCAAGAUCUGGUGGGUCCACACCCUGUUCACCAAGAAGGACGAGAAGAAGGAGAAGAAGAAGCAACACUUGGAGCCAUGGAAACUCUACGCGACGGUCGGGGUGCUGCUGGCCAUCGACUUCCUGUCACUCAUGAUCUGGCAGAUCGUGGAUCCUCUGCACAUCACGGUGGAGAAGUUCACCAAGGAGGCCCCUAAAGAAGAUCUGGACGUCCUGAUUCAGCCCCUGCUGGAGCACUGCAGCUCGGAGAAGAUGAACACGUGGCUCGGUGUGGUUUACGGCUACAAGGGGCUGCUGCUGCUUCUGGGCAUUUUUCUGGCUUACGAGACCAAGUCUGUGUCCACGGAGAAGAUCAACGACCACCGGGCCGUGGGGAUGGCUAUUUACAACGUGGCUGUGCUGUGUCUGAUCACGGCUCCGGUGACUAUGAUCCUGUCUUCACAGCAGGACGCCUCCUUCGCCUUCGCCUCCCUCGCCAUCGUCUUCUCUGCCUACAUCACUCUGGUGGUGCUUUUUGUUCCCAAGAUGAGGCGUCUCAUCACCCGCGGCGAGUGGCAGUCGGAGCAGCAGGACACCCUGAAGACCGGCUCGUCCACCAACAACAACGACGAGGAGAAGUCCCGGCAGCUGGAGAGGGAGAACAGGGAGCUGCAGAAGAUCAUCCAGGAGAAGGAGGAGAGGGUGUCGGCGCUCCGCAACCAGCUGGCCGAGCGCCAGGCUCUACGCAACCGCCGCCGACCGUCCUCGGGCCAGAAUCAGAACCACAACGCACCACCGCCCUCCACCCAGCCCGACCCCAAGUCCCUGCUGCCCCCGCCCGGCUACCCCAACCCCUCCACGGACAAUCACUCGCUCCCGCCCUCCUUCUCCAACUCCUCCAACCUCUACCCGGCCGACAGCAAGAUGAGCCGCAACCACUGUCACAACAGCCAGAUCCCACUGCUGUAUAAAUAGACCAGACAGGGGGAGGGA